AUGCCCACCGUCAGCGUAGACAAGGAGCACUUCUACCAGGCCCUCGGCCGCACCUACACCACCCAAGAGUUUGACGAGCUCUGCUUCCAGUUUGGCAUCGAGCUCGACGAUGACACCACCGAAGAGGUGCAAAAGGCCGGCCUCGGCGAGCGUGCUCAGCUCAAGAUCGACAUCCCCGCCAACCGAUACGACCUCCUCUGCCACGAGGGCAUCUCCCAGGCCCUCAACGUCUUCCUCGGCAGGAUCCCCCAGCCAAAGCUCAAGCUCGUCCAGCCCGCACAGAUGAUCCAGGUCAAGCUCUCCAACGACGUGUCGCGCAUCCGCCCCUACUUUGCCGGCGCAGUGCUGCGCAACAUCAAGUUCACGCCCGAGAGCUACGCCAACUUCAUUGACCUCCAGGACAAGCUGCACCAGAAUCUCGCCCGGCGGAGGACGCUCGUCGCCAUCGGCACCCACGACCUCGACACGAUCCAGGCGCCCUUUAGCUACGAGGCCCUGCCCCCCAAGCAGAUCAAGUUUGCCCCGCUCAACCGCGAGACCGAGUACGACGCCUCGCAGCUCAUGGAGCUCUACGAGUCCGACAAGCACCUCAGCCGCUACCUGCACAUCAUCCGAGACAGCCCCGUCUACCCCAUCAUCUACGACCAGAACCGCCAGGUGCUCUCGAUGCCGCCCAUCAUCAACUCGAACCACUCCAAGAUCACGCUCGACACCAAAAACGUCUUCAUCGACACCACCGCCACCGACGAGACCAAGCUCGGCAUCGUCAUCAACAUCAUCGUCGCCAUGUUCAGCCAGUACUGCGCCGAGCCCUUCACCGUCGAGCCGGUCCAGGUCGUCCACGCCGACGGCACCACCAAGGUGACGCCCGACCUCAGCGCCACCCGCAUGCCCGCCUCGGUCGACUACAUCAACCGCUGCACCGGCCUCAAGCUGAGCGCAGACGACAUGAUCAAGCUGCUCAACAAGAUGGGCCACGAGGCCGCCAAGUCGGCCGACCAGCCCGACCAGCUCAUCGUCGACAUCCCGCCCACCCGGCCCGACAUCCUCCACGAGUGCGACCUCAUGGAGGACGUCGCCGUCGCCUACGGAUUCGACAAUCUGCCAAAGACUUUCCCCAGCACCAACACCGUCGCGGCGCCGCUGCCCAUCAACAAGCUCGCCGACAUCGUCCGGAGGGAGUGUGCCUACUCGGGCUGGGUCGAGGUCCUUCCGUUGAUCCUGUGCUCGCACGACGAGAACUUUGCCUUCCUGAACAGCCGCGACGACGGCAAGAGCGCGAUUGUGCUCGAGAACCCCAAGACGGCCGAGUACCAGGUGGUGCGCACGUCGCUGCUGCCGGGUCUGCUCAAGACGAUCCGCGAGAACCGCAAGCACGCGCUGCCGCUGCGGACGUUUGAGGUGUCGGACGUCGCCUUCAAGGACGCCACCGAGCGCGAGAGGUUGUCGCGCAACCAGAGGCGCGUGGGCGCCGUCUACUGCGACAAGACGGCGAGCUUCGAGGUGGUGCACGGCCUGCUCGACCGGCUCAUGGCCUCGCUUGCCAUCCCGAGGAUCGAAAAGGGCGACAAGACCAAGCCCACCGGCUACUGGAUCUCGGAGGCCGAAGACAACACCUUCUUCCCGGGCCGAGCAGCGACAAUCCACUUCCGACCUCUUGCUGCGUCGUCAUCGUCGUCGUCGACAGAGGCCAAGACCGACGGGGCAGGGCCAUCGGCGGGGCAGAGCGGAUCCUCUGCGCUCGACACGGUCAAGGAGACGCUGGGCAAGGCGCUCAACGAGGUGAGCGACAAGAUCCGCGGCGGCAACGGCAGUGCCGAAGCGGCGUCGCACACCACCAGCGGCGGCGCCAGUGGCGGCAUCGGCGGCGACCUCGAGAUCGGCAAGGUGGGCGUCAUCCACCCGGAGGUGCUCAGGAGCUUUGGCAUCGACUACCCGUGCUCGUCGCUCGAGUUCAACCUGGAGCCGUUCCUCUAG